GAGCCUGGCCACGCCCACAUUUCGUUUUCAUAACCGCGAGGGGAGAAGAGAAUAUUCCUAGUGCCUCCGCAAUGUCUUAGGACCAUAAAGGCUUGGUACUUGGGAUGCCUGAUGCCCCGGGGCUCUUUUCUUUCUUCCUGAAAGCCAGGAGACCCCAGCGCCUUAAACUGAGCUGGGAAAGCACUGGCACCACAGUCCCUCCGACACACAGGGGAGGGGCGGGGCGCACUGGUCGGGCCCACCAAAGGUGAGGAAGAAUGAAGAGGAUGGAGGCGGGGUUCACAUUGUGGGCUCGAAAAGGAAGGUCUAGAGGAGAGGGGAGAAGGGAGAGGGGCGGGUCAGCCUGAAGGGGCAGUUUGAGGUAAUCUAGCCCCAUAACAGGCAGCGCAGAGCCCUCCGGGAAACCGGAAGUUAAGAUUGUACCCAGUCACAUCUCCUCGAUUUACAAAGAUUUUCCCAGUUUGGCUCCCUAGGCAGCGGAAGAACUUCCUGCGCCCCGCCCCUGAAGCCACGCCCUUACAGAGACAAGGCCAGGAAAAGAUGGAGGAGCUUCACCAGAUAAACUCACUGGGGCUACUUUGCUGCCUGUAUAGGGAGCCUGGAGUCCCAGGGAUGGCCUUUGAGAGGGACAGACUCCCAGCCAAGGAGGCGAUGACAUUCAAGGAUGUGGCUGUGGACUUCACCAGGGAGGAGUGGCGCCUCUUAUCACCUCCCCAGAAGGAGCUGUACAAGGAGGUGAUGCUGGAGAAUGCCCAGAACCUGCUCUCUGUGGGGCUUCCAGCUCCCCCAGAAGAUGUGAUGUCUUAUUUGGAGCAGAGGAAAACCCCUUGGAUGCUGGAGCAAGAAAGCCUGAGGAGCUGCUGCCCAGAAAGAGAGAUCAGACCUGAAAUGAAGCUGAAUCCAACAGAGAUGAGCCCUUCUGUGGAAGAAAUGGACCUACAAAGAUUCAUGAAUGAUGGUCCCGAUAACUUUGCUUUCAGAGAAUUUGGUAUUGCACCUCAAAAUUCAUCUCAUAUUGAACAUCAAAGAAUGUACACUGAAGAAAAAUCUAGUGAAAGUAAUCAAUGCAGAAAGACUUUUAUGCACAGCACUAAUCUUGCUGGAUAUCAGAGAAUUCACACUGGGGAGAAAACUUAUGAAUGCAUGCAAUGUGGAAAGACAUUCUGUUCGAGCUCCUAUCUUACUAUACAUCAGAGAAUCCACACUGGUGAAAGCCGUUAUGAAUGCAAACAAUGUGGAAAGACAUUCACAAUGAACUCCAAUCUUGCUGUACAUCAGAGAAUCCACACUGGUGAGAGACCUUAUGAAUGCAAUCAAUGUGGCAAGACUUUCACAGAUAACUCCAAUCUUGUCCUGCAUCAGAGAAUCCACACUGGGGAGAAACCGUAUAAAUGCAAGCAAUGUGGAAAGACAUUCCGUCAGAGUUCCCAUCUUGCUGUACAUCAGAGAAUCCACACUGGUGAGAGACCUUAUAAAUGCAAUCAAUGUGGAAAGACAUUCAUAGAUAGCUCCUAUCUUGCUGUACAUCAGAGAAUCCACACUGGGGAGAAACCUUAUGAAUGCAAACAAUGUGGAAAGACAUUCACAAUGAAUUCCAGUCUUGCUGUACAUCAGAGAAUCCACACUGGAGAGAAACCUUAUGAAUGCAAGCAAUGUGGAAAGACAUUCCGGCAGAGCUCCGAUCUUGCUGGACAUCAGAGAAUCCACACUGGGGAGAAACCUUAUAAAUGCAAACAAUGUGGAAAGACAUUCACAGGUUACUCUUCUCUUGCUGUACAUCAGAGAGUCCACACAGGAGAGAAACCUUAUGAAUGCAAGCAAUGUGGAAAGACAUUCAGUCGGAACUCCCAUCUUGCUGCACAUAAGAGAAUCCACACGGGGGAAAAACCUUAUGAAUGCAAGCAGUGUGGAAAGACAUUCAGUCGGAGCUCCACUCUUUCUGCACAUCAGAGAAUCCACACUGGGGAGAAACCUUAUGAAUGCAAGCAAUGUGGAAAAGCAUUCAAUCAGAGCUCCCAUCUUGCUGUACAUCAGAGAAUCCACACUGGAGAGAAACCUUAUGAAUGCAAGCAAUGUGGAAAGGCAUUCACAGAUAACUCCUAUGUGGCUGUUCAUCAGAGAAUCCACACUGGGGAGAAACCUUAUGAAUGCAAACUGUGUGGAAAGACAUUCAGUCAGAGCUCCCAUCUUGCUGUACAUCAGAGAAUCCACACUGGGGAGGAACCUUAAGAAUACAAGCUAUUUUGAAAUAUGUUUAUAUGCAGCUCCAUUCUUGCUCUUGUGUGAAGGAAAUUUGCCUUUCCCCCUUUCUGGGGCAGCAUAUCUGGUGUGAGUGUGAACUUGUCACAGAGGGGAGGAUUAUGUGAUGGAAACCAUUGAGGAUAGAAUGCAGCAGGGAAAAGGAAGUGAUAGUUAAAAGAUCACAAUGGGGGCAUGGUGAAGUCUCCUGGACUGUCCCCUGGACUGCUCCCCCUAGGUGCUACAGGCAGAAUAGAAAGCCACUGUGUGAGUUAGUGGGUGGAAAAAGGUUUCAUAAACUGAGGCAAUAGAAGAUAUCUGAGCUCUUCUCUUUCAGUUUUGUUGCUGGCUGGACUUCCCUGUGAGCAUUGCUAAUGCACCCUAAUGGUGCAAGCUAAAUGGAACAGUGAGGAAAGUAUUUCUCUUUCCUAUUUUCCUAUCUUUUUACCUACUAUCUUUGAGUAAAUAAAGUUAAAUUAUGGUUAGUCUCAUGAUUUCCUCUCAUAUACCAUUCAUCAUAGAAUCCACAGACAUUCACACUGAGCUCUCCCCUUGCUCAAAAUUGGACAGUUUACUCUACUAUGUCUUAAGCUCUCCUAAGAUUAGUGCCAAAUGAGAAUAUGUUUUAGAUCUAAAGUAUGAUCCCCUAAGAAAAUUAAGGGAGCAUAGAAUAAUUUAACUUUCAGAUCAAUUUAUUGAUAAGGUAAGAAUUUAUGACCAAAUAAGAAAUAGGUAACAUUAUGAGGUGUAAAAUAUAUAGUUUUUAUUACAUUAAAUUCAAAAUGAUUUGUGAUGGGAGCCACCAGACCACAAUGUCUUGACAAAGUCACUUGGCAAGAUGUGUUUGCCCACUCAAUCCCCUUUGCAUAACCUCUUAUUAACAUCCCUUACCUAUGGAAUUGACAUGAUUACUAUUCCCCCUAACCUCAGAAGGAAUAAUAUAACAGCAAAAUACCUAUACUCUAUUUCUCCAAAACAUCAUCAAAAGAUCAUACCCUUAAAAGCAAUCCCAAAAGACUACCAUGGGUUAACCUUUACUUAGGUACAUAAUUCUCAGCAAAACUGCAGCUAUAAGCCAAGCCCAUAACUUUCCCACUCAUAGAAACUUAUUCUUGUGAAGCCAGCAUAUAAAGGCCCAUACAAAAUGUACAGGUACACCAAGCUUCAUCAUGUCUCAGUGACUUGAUUCUUCCCCUCAAGAAACUCCCUAGUAAUCCCUGAGAAAUGAUCAGUCUAAUAUUAAAUCUGAAUUGUGUUUCCAGUACUUAUCAACCUCAAUGAUAUGAUUUUUGAAUUGUCUUUAAGAAUUUCUGAUUAAUUAUUCCUUUUUAUUAAAAGUAAUAAGUAAUUUCCCUUGAUUGUUUGUAAGCUCAAAACUCGCCACAGGAUAAUGAGAGAAUUAAGCCACCUGUGACAAAAUAAUUUAUCUUGCAUGAAGCCUUUAUUCUGUCAAGAAUCUGUAAUCACAAUACAAGAGCAUAGAAUGAUAAUCAAGUGAAUUGUUAGAAGUUAAUGCAUCACUUUUCCAAUUAUCUCUGUUUAGACAUGUGUGUUAGGUAAUGUACCUGCGUGCCAAGAAAAUAGGUAUAAAAAUAAACACCAAGCCUGGGGAUGGCAGAGCAACUAUCAGAUGCAAAGCAUGCCCAUGGCCAUAAAUAUA